AGUUUCCAUGUUGGUGUGGAUUAUUUGUCAACUAUGACCAUCGUCUUCCCCAACAGAAAUAUGGGAAGUGGAGACAGAAGCUUUAGGAACUUUCAUUUACACUUACCCCACCUACAUCAUCAUCAUCAACAACAACAUCAUCACCAUGGGAAGAAGCAAUUCAGUGAUGUGCCGAAAGGGUGUUUGGCGAUCAAGGUGGGAUCGGAAGGAGAGAAGCAGCAGAGAUUCGUGGUGCCGGUCAUGUACUUCAACCAUCCUAUGUUCAUGCAGCUGUUGAAAGAGGCCGAGGAAGAGUACGGGUUCGAUCAGAAGGGUACCAUCACCAUCCCUUGUAAUGUACAAGAGUUUAGGAACGUGAGGGGCUUGAUUGAUAGGGAGAACUCCAUUCAUCAUCAUCAUCACAACCAUCAUCAUCUUGUUGGGUGCUUUAGGGUUUGAUGAACUCUUUUUUGUUUGUUGUGUGAUAUUCA